CUGUCCAGUUCGUUGACGCCUAUCCUAGCGAUAGCACAUCAACCCUGACCCUCGUCGUGCCUCUAAAAUGCCUACCGCAGUAGUGACGGGAGCAAACAGCGGGAUUGGCCAUGCGUUUGCCAACCUGCUAAUCAACGAGGGAUACAAAGUCUACGCGUUGGACAAAGACCAAGGCCAAGGCCUGGCUGCCUUGUCUGGUAAAGCAACCACGGGUAUUCUCGACGUCAGCUCGAUUGAGUCGAUUCUCAAGUUCAAGGCAGACAUUCAGGACGAGACGAUUGAUCUCUUGCUGAACAUUGCCGGAAUUGCGUUUAGUCCAGCCAAAGACGGACUGGAGACGACCAACGUCGACAUUCUUCAACAAACCUUUGCCGUCAACACGUUUGGUCCGUUGUUGGUGACGCAAACUCUCCUUCCAAACCUGCUCAAAUCAUCCAACCCUAAGCUAGGGAUUGUGUCGAGUCGAGUAGGAUCUGUUGGCGACAAUAGCACGGGCGGAAACUAUGCAUAUCGAGCAUCCAAAGCCGCAGUGAAUUCUAUCGGCAAGAGCUUGGCGGUUGAGUUGAAGGACCGCGGUGUGGUCGUGACUAUUCUUCACCCAGGCAUCGUGAAAAGCAACAUUUUCCAGUCCAAGGUCGAUUUCCCUCCAGAUGCUGUUGAACCAAACGAGGCAGCAAGGAAGCUAUGGGACAACAUUGUCAGUCAAAAGGGCAUCCAAGACACUGGCAAAUUUUGGCAUCGAGAAGGCUAUGAAUUGCCGUGGUGAGGGAUUUUAAAGGGGGACAGGUAUUGGAUUGUGAAUGACGGCGGCUGGUCAUCAUUCACAGUAUUGUUGUAACAGUACUCAGCUUGAUCAAUUUGGCAGUGGCAGAAUUUGGCACCAUCACUAGUGGUACAUAAUCCACAUUAUUGUACAUGGCGAUGGUGGUGGUGGUGAUGAUGAAGAAGAUGAUGAUUAUGAAGCCAGAGGUUGGGGGAGCAUGACAGGCCCGAAAGAUGCCCUCGGGUAAACGAUUGAGGUGGGAGUUGGUACGAGAAUUGGGUGAGAAAUGCGGAUUUGGGCGAUUGGAUAAACCCCUCGUGGCCCUUAAGCCAACCCUUUUGCCCCUCGGCUUCAAUCCCUAGGCAUGGUGGCCGAUUUGAAGGUCAACUCCGCAUCUGACGGGACCUUUUCCUAUCCCAGAUUUCCC